UCCUGAAAGGUUGCUCCCCAAAAGUGUUCUCCUGCUGCUUCUGUUCCAGCCACUCUUUGAGGAGACCCGUUUCUAAGCUCCCAGCCAUGUCUCAGAAGAGGAGGAAGCCGAGGCUGCCCACAACUGCAUCCGACAGCUUGGAGGGGGGCAGGAAACCAGAGCACGCCGGGACGGAGGCCUUCUCCUCAAGGAAGAAGUUCAAGUCCCCGCAGAAUCCUGGAGGCGGGGGCUUGGCAGAGACGGUGAAGCAAGGCCGCCUGAGCGCAGGACCCUCCGUCGCAGAGUUUCCGUUCAACAAGAAGCGCGUCCGGCUGGUCUCACAAGCCCCCGAGCUCAAGGAGGGGGCACAGGGCAUCUUGUACUGGAUGUCUCGCGAUCAGAGGGUUCAGGAUAACUGGGCUUUCCUCUACGCCCAGCGCCUGGCCUUGAAGCAACGUCUCCCGCUGCACGUCUGCUUCUGCCUGGUGCCCAAGUUCCUGGAUGCGACCAUCCGCCACUUCGGCUUUAUGCUCAGAGGCCUCAAGGAAGUCGCCGAGGAGUGUCAGGUGCUUGACAUCCCCUUCCACUUGCUGAUCGGUUUUGCUAAAGACACUCUGCCCCCCUUCGUGGUCCAGCGCGGCAUCGGCGGGGUGGUGACAGAUUUCUCCCCGCUCCGACUUCCCCUGCAGUGGAUUCGAGAUGUACGGGAAGAGCUGCCGAGCGAUGUGCCGUUUGCUCAGGUGGACGCCCACAAUAUUGUCCCGUGCUGGGUUGCCUCGGACAAGCAGGAGUACGGGGCAAGGACGAUUCGCCGGAAGAUCCACGACCGACUGGCUGAGUUUCUGACCGAAUUGCCGCCUGUUAUCAAGCACCCUUUCCCUGCUGGUCUUCAGGCAGAGCCCGUCGACUGGGAUGCCUGCUACGCCAGCCUGCAGGUUGACCGCUCCGUGAAGGAGGUGGAUUGGGCCAAGCCUGGCACCGCUUCCGGCUUGAAGGUGCUCGAAGAGUUUGUGAAGGAGAGGCUGAAAUGCUUUGGCACUGACCGAAACAACCCCAACCGGGCAGCCCUGAGCAAUCUCUCACCCUGGUUCCACUUUGGUCAGGUUGCUGUGCAGCGAGCCAUCCUGGAGGUCGGCAAGCAUCGUACCGGGUACAAAGAGUCUGUGGAAGGUUUCAUCGAGGAGGCCGUGGUGCGCCGGGAGCUGGCGGACAACUUCUGCUUUUACAACCCCAGCUACGACAAGAUUGAAGGUGCUUAUGACUGGGCCAAGACCACACUGAAGAUCCAUGCCAAGGACAAGAGGCCCCACUUGUACACACUGGAGCAGUUGGAAGAAGGGAAGACACAUGACCCCCUGUGGAAUGCCGCUCAGCUCCAGAUGGUUCAGGAAGGGAAGAUGCAUGGCUUCCUGCGGAUGUAUUGGGCCAAGAAAAUCUUGGAGUGGACCAAGUCACCAGAGGAGGCCCUACAGUUCAGCAUCUACCUGAAUGAUCGCUAUGAACUGGAUGGCCGAGACCCCAACGGAUAUGUAGGCUGCAUGUGGUCUAUCUGUGGGAUCCACGAUCAAGGAUGGGCCGAACGGGCCGUGUUUGGCAAGAUCCGCUACAUGAACUAUGCCGGGUGCAAGAGGAAGUUCGAUGUUGGCCAGUUUGAGCGCAAGUACAGUCCUCGCAGCUUCGCUCGGUAGCCUUUGUG